CGUUGAUGGGGUCAAGGCUUGUUAAACACCAUGUCUCUUUUUAAAUGUCUUUUCGUUUUAGCUCACCUUUCCCAUGACGACGCGUGCUUGCUCGAUUUCAUCGACUCUGCAUCAGGGGUCAAACCAGUGCUCGGUUACAGAACUCACCCAACAAGAAAGAAGACAUGAUGAGCUUCUAAGCCAAGUGUUCAGAUCAAGGACGCCUAUAGGAUCAACUACGGUAGAAGAUCUUUCAAUUGCAUGCAUACCCACUCUACUCCAUGAAUACAAAACAUAUCGAAUUACGUUUGUUUUGUCGAGUUCAAUAAAACGAAAUAACGAUUGAUCGACCAGAUCUAUGUAUCCACAGACAGUGUAAAUAAAGCGGAUAAUCAUGUCUUUAAACAGUGGGAUGUGCUAAAUAGACACAUCCUGAUCGGACAAGGGACUUGCGGGGUCUGUCUGGAUGAAAGUAAACAACAGACACAGACAAGGCGGAAGUCAAUGGGUCGGGGACACGCAUGCGCACUCUGUCUGCUGACAGUGCUAUGCACUGUACCUCUCGUGCACGCUCGGUAUGGCUCAAUCACGAAACAAAUGCCAGCGUGUUACUCUAAUUCUAGAAGAUGGGGGUCAGAGACGGAGUGCCAGCAUCCCCGGUACACCAGCUGUGGGGUGGGGGACAAGCACAUCUGCUGCAGCCCCUACCACUACUGUUGUAAAGUGAACAAGACCUGGCGAGCAUGCUGCAGAAAGACGUGGUGGACGGGGUUCGAGAUCACCAGCAUCACAUGCGGUAUCGUCUCCUGGGUGAUUGUCUUUGUCGUCGCCGGCCUCAUGGUGUACCGGAGUCCCCGGCAGCUGUGCACACGUAACCAGGUAGCCCCUUCCACUACCCGUGCGACAUAGACACAUCCUCCUGCAGGGAGGAUACAGCCCUCAACAUUGUAGACCGUGCAUAGCGAAACGAUGUCUUCUAAAAAACACAUCACAUAUACAUGUAUAAUGUUGUUUGUUUUCGUUGUAUAUAUGAGAACAGAGAGAGAGUGCUUUGUAUAAAUAAUACUAAUAUUAAAUUACAGUUUGGGACAUGGUGAAUAGCAUAUUUUCAAUAUUUCUUAUAUGUAAAAAAUGAAAAUGGUCAAGUAACCUUAAAAUACGUUGUAAAACACUUUAUAAUAUGUACAUAUUAUAAACAAAUAAAAGGUGAAGCCAU